GCACACGGUGACAAUCCUCUUUCCCUCCACUUUCAUCUCUUAGCAUUCCUCAAAGCAAGCUUUCCGUUUGUCCUCUGUCAUCAGCAGUGGCUACCACCCAUGGCUGACACAACGGUGGUGCACCACUUCUCAUCACACCAUCAUGGUGGUGCGCUGCAAUGAUUAUGCCACUACAUGUUUUCCUUUCACCGUUGUGUAACUCUUGCUGCUUCUCUCAUUCACCCAUUCCACCCAAUCUCCAAGUCUCCUUCCUUCUUAGGCAAUAAUUCAUGCUCAGGUAGACUCAACAAAAUACCCUUUCACUUUCCUUAAACGGAUCUUGCAUCAACAUCCUCACAGAUUACUCCACUAUCAACCGAUGCUGGCCUCUAUUCAACGACAUCAUUUAUGAGACACUGUAUAUAAACAUAUUUUUAGGUAGUGUAAUUAAUUAAUUGAUACGUAAUAAUUAAAAAUAUUUUAAUUGCUAAAAUUACAAAAGGGCAAAUGAGUAAAUUAAUCUAUCCCAAUAAAAGUUUAAUUAUUUAAUAAUAUUAAAAAAAACUAUCUUAGUCGUCCAAUAUUAUACUAAUAUAUCCAGUGGAAAGUAAUACGUAGUGUAAAAUGGGCCAGAUUUUUCACUGGUCCACCUUAGAAUUGUUAUUGUUAUAAAAUCUGGAGAGGUUGAGGAAGUAAUUGUCAAAAGGAGGCUGUUGGGGCCCAACCCAAGUUAUUCUUUGGCAGUCCCCCAAGGCCCAAACCCCAAGUUUCUUUGCUUGAGUAGAGGACGCUAAUCUAAAGAAAAAGCGCAACGAAGACGAAAUAAUUAACCCAUCAGAGAGAGAGAGGUAAUAAUGGGAGUGAUAAAGGAUGGCACAAUCUCAGGGGUUCUACCGGAACCUCAAGGAUUUAUGGUGCACUAUCCUGCUUAUCCAUCAUCCAUCUCUCGAGCUGUUGAUACUCUUGGGGGAAUUCAAGCCAUCCAGAAGGUUCGCAGUUCCAAAUCCAACAAAUUAGAGCUUCGUUUCCGUCCUGAAGACCCCUAUUCUCACCCUGCAUUUGGGGAGCUUCGUCCCACCAACUCUCUGCUUCUCAAAAUAUCCAAGACAAAACCACCACCACCUGUUCAUGAUGCCGAAGCUUCUAGCAGCUCUACAAAUGGGGAGCAAGACCAAGAGGGAAGUCUUUGUGCUGAUAUCGUCGCUCGUUUUCCCGAGGCUUAUUUUUUUGAUGGGAUGGCGGACUACCAACAUGUGAUUCCAGUUCAUGCUGAUGUUGCCCGGAGGAAGAAGCGGAACUGGUCAGAGCUAGAAGAACUGCAUUUUGAUAAAGGUGGUUUCAUGGAUCUGGAUCACGAGGAUGUUAUGAUUAUAGUGCCUCCAAUUUUCGCUCCAAAAGAUGUGCCAGAAAAUUUAGUCUUAAGACCAGCUACCAUGUCGAGUUCGAAAAAGAAACCAGAGGAAGUUGUACAACCCCAUUUUGAGAUGGACAUGGAGCCAGUUCUUGCAAUUGAUUUUGACAUUAAAGAGAUUCCUAAGAAAGUGAAUUGGGAGGAAUACAUACCCCAAGGCUCAGAUCAGUGGGAGUUACAGAUGGUUGUAUCUAGAAUGUUUGAUGAGCGGCCUAUAUGGUCCAAAAAUUCGCUUACCGAACUCUUGCUUGAUAAGGGCUUAAGCUUUUCGCACAGCAUGCUCAGAAGGCUUCUAUCUAGAAUUUCUUACUACUUUUCUAGUGGACCAUUUCUGAGGUUUUGGAUCAAGAAAGGAUAUGAUCCACGCAAAGAUCCUAAUUCUCGAAUUUAUCAAAGAAUUGAUUAUCGAGUACCUGUUCCAUUACGAAGUUACUGUGAUGCUCAUUCAGCCAAUAAAUCAAAACAUAGAUGGAAGGAUAUAUGUGCCUUUCGUGUUUUCCCUUACAAGUUCCAGACUUCUUUACAGUUUUUCGACCUUGUUGAUGAUUAUAUUCAAUCAGAAAUAAAUAAGCCUCCUUUCCGACCAACUUGCACUUCUGGAACUGGGUGGUUCUCACAACACAUGAUCAAUUGUAUUAGACAACGUCUUAUGGUGCGAUAUCUAUCAGUAUUCCCCAAGCCUGGUGCUGAGAAUUUACUCAGAGCUGCCACUUUAAAGUUUGAAAAAUUGAAGAGGGAGUGCUAUAGGCAUGCCAUGAAGCUCGAUGGAGAAGAAUGCCAACAAGCUAAUUUAGGUUUGGAAGAGAAUGAAGAACUUGAUAAUGGUGAAGAUGAAGAGGAGGCAGCUGAGGGUAAUGAUAGUGAUGAAGAAUGGGAAGAAGAGCAUGAUUUGGCUGGAGAUAAUGAAAUGCCUCUGCCAUCUGAUUCCUACAUCAACUUUGAGAAUCUUUCAAGGACUCAUUUACAGGAUCUUUUUGUUAACUUCCCUCCUAAUGAAAUUGAUUGUGACAAUGUGCAAGCAAAUGGCAGCGAAGAAGAAUAUCAAAUAUACGGGGAAGAUAGUGAGGACAAUUACUCUGAUGAAUGAUUUCUGGCAUUUGGAGUCAUCAAAUACACAGGAAUGUCAAUAUUUGUAGAAGUUACAUAGGAGGGUAGAUAUCAUCUUUUAGAUUUGCUGAUUAAAUAUCAUCAUAGAUCCUAGUAUUCACUGUUACGUAUAAGAACAAGUAUCUCUAAUUACAUUAGAGAAACACGGGAGAAAAAAAUAGUAGAAGUAGAUGAUGGAAAAUAGAAGAGAAAUGGACAUGGUUGAUUGAAGAAAACCGUUUUUCAUUUUAUUUUCUAUUUUUAAUUUUUAUUUUGUUUUUCAAGAUGUCUGCCCAGAAGGAUGAAAAUAAUUAUUAGUAAAUAUGAGAAAAAAAAUUUAAAAUGUAUUUUGGUGUUGGAAACAUGAUUUGUGAAGGAUUAGAUUGAACAUUGAACAA